AUGACUGGAGCUGAUCUUGACGGUUAUCAGUAUUGGGCUUAUUGGGAUGAUGAGUUUCAAAUCGAAGAAGUUGUUAAACCAUUAUUUUAUUCAUUGGCAAAAAAAACUUGUGUCAAUCAAAUAAAAAAUGAACUCAUUGUGGAUCAUGUGCUUGAUACAUUCAGAGAUACAGCUCCGGAUAUUAUUGCUAAUACACAUUCGGUGAUUGCCGACAAACAUUCCGAUGGUACACUUUCGAAAGAAUGUGAAGAAUGUGCUCUGCUCUUCGCCCGAGCAAUUGAUGCGCGCAAAACUGGUGAAAAUAUUAAUUUAAGAGAGGUCCGCCAGAAAACCAGAUAUAAAAAAGGGAGUUGGCUGUAG